CGCCAAUCGAAGAGCUCGCAAGACCGACGCAUCUAUCGCGAGGUUAUCACAUUAGCUUGGUUAGUUAGCUAGCUGCGGAAACCCUGAACGUGUGUCCGUUAUUUAUGAUUUUAUUUUAUUCUUCUAAAGCGCUGAGAGGGCUGAGCAGUGCUUAUUGAUUCCCAACGCGUGCAGGAAAGCAUAAUCGCCGGACCUUGUGUUUGCACGGAUCCAAUGAUGAGUUAUGCCGAAAAGCCAGAGGACAUCACAAAAGAAGAGUGGAUGGACAAAUUAAACAACGUUCACAUACAGAGGGCGGAUAUGAAUCGGCUCAUUAUGAAUUACCUGGUGACAGAGGGCUUCAAAGAGGCAGCAGAGAAGUUCCGGAUGGAGUCUGGUAUCGAGCCGAGUGUGGACCUGGAUUCUUUGGAUGAAAGGAUAAAGAUUAGAGAGAUGAUCCUGAAGGGCCAGAUUCAGGAAGCUAUUGCACUCAUUAACAGCCUACACCCGGAGCUGCUCGACACCAAUCGAUACCUGUAUUUUCAUCUGCAGCAGCAACAUUUGAUUGAGUUAAUCAGACUAAGAGAAACUGAGUCAGCGCUGGAGUUUGCUCAGACACAGCUGGCAGAGCAGGGGGAGGAGAGCCGAGAGUGUCUGACAGAGAUGGAGCGAACGCUAGCCCUUUUGGCAUUUGACAACCCAGAAGAGUCACCCUUUGGAGAUCUGCUCAACAUGAUGCAGCGGCAAAAGGUGUGGAGUGAGGUGAACCAGGCCGUGCUGGACUAUGAAAACAGGGAGUCGACACCCAAACUGGCCAAACUGCUGAAGUUGCUGCUGUGGGCUCAAAAUGAGCUGGACCAGAAGAAGGUGAAAUACCCCAAAAUGACUGACCUUAGCACAGGCACCAUCGAGGACCCCAAGUGAACACAACAGACAAGAACCACCACCUUCCACUUCCCCUUAAUUUAUGAUCAGUCAGUGACUGUGUGACAACCAGGUAACAUAUAUGUAAAAACAAAUGCUACAGUGUUUCUUUUUUUU